AUGGAGAAUAAAAAAAAUGUAACAGCUACACAGCAACCACUUACACAACAACAUCUUAUGGCGCAUCAUGUUCACCCCGAUCAGAUAUAUUCUCCACAAAACUCACAAAUACCCACACAUUUAAAUAAUCAAUCGCAAAUUCAACCCAAUGGCGUCAUGCACCAGCUAUUGCAAAGUCAAUAUCAUUCCAACAUGAAUGCACGAUCGCCUCUCCUUGAAAACAGGCACGAAAUGUAUGGAACCGGACAUAAUCACGAUUACGCCAGACACUAUGGAGCGAACGAUAACUUCAAUUAUCCUCAGUCUCCACCUAGGUUUGAAAGAACCGAAAUACACACAGACCAAAAUGUUAAUCACGAACUACUGCAUAAUAUUCCAAAAGGAUAUAACGCAGAAGUUUAUCAAGACUAUUUAAAACGAAACCCACCGAAAGAUAAUAACCAAAUAUAUCAAAACCAUCAACCUAUGUAUAGGCCUAAUGUUAAUCAGUACGCUUCGAAGCCGUAUCUACCUUAUUCUAAUCGAAUAGGACCGCAGAGUAACACCGAGUUAUUGAGAAGACAAUAUAAUGAAAUACAACAAAUGAAAAUGCAACAGCAAAUGCAUUAUCAGAAUCAAGCACAAAUGCAUCAACAACAGAAGUUUGCAGAGCGACAACUUUUAUUACAACAAAUACACGGUGUUCAACCACCUCCAAACUUACAAAAUAGUAUAUAUUCAGACAGUUCCUAUAGAGAUUUGUAUAGCAGUAAAAGUGAUUUUAAAGAAUACAGCAGUCCAGACCUGCAAAAGGAUAUGGAUAUGUAUGCUAAGAAUAAUGAGUACAAAGAUAGAGAUAUACAGAAUAGACAAUAUCAAGAUUCCCAAUGGCAAAUAAGUCCAGAUUAUCAAGAAGACAGGCAAAAACUACAAGAACAAGAUAAGGCAAAAUCAUCAGAAUUCAAUAGCCAAAAGUCAGGAUUAGUUUCACCAAUGAAAUCUAGUGAAUCAAGUACACCUAGCAUUAAAUCUCCAUCUUCAGAAAGUCGUCGGAGUAGUGGAACGCAAGCAUUACGCUCCCCGACCGCUCAAAGAAUACCCUCUGCUCCUGUAACCUUAGCUGGAUUACUUUACAAACAAGGAUCUGACGGUUUAAAAGUUUGGAGGAAGAGAUGGUUUGUUUUAUCUGAAUACUGCCUAUUUUAUUAUAAAAGUCAAGACGAAGAAAAGCUUCUAGGAUCAGUAUUGUUGCCUUCAUAUAAAGUCUCAGCAUGUUCAGCAGAAGAUAAAGUGAUGAGAAAAUUUGCCUUUAAACUAGAACACGCAAAUAUGCGCACUUACGUGUUGGCUGCGUUAGAUCAGGAAGCUAUGAUGAAAUGGGUUAAAGCACUCACUAUGGCAGCUCUUAUGCAAAACCCUAAUGCGCAACACAAGGAAAAUGACCGGACAACUGCAAAGGCAGAGGAUGGGGAUGAUGCAGGUCCGACAUAUGCCAAUGCCCCUCCAAAACCACGGCGUUCUAAUGACGGAUACAACUCUCCUAGUCCGGAUAUGUACGAUCCAAAUUACGAUCUCCUUAAAAAACCAGCAUCACAUUACAGCCAGGGCACUCGAUAUCAGGAAACAUACAAUCAGGAGAACUACACACGCAGUCCUCAAUCACCGCCAAUUUAUCAAACAAAACGAUACGACACGCAAAAUUUAUCAUUACCCUUAAAUAACGAAUCUAUUCAGAAAAAACCUAACACCCCAUCCCAAUAUAAAUCUAAUCCACAAUCUCCUUAUUUUAACAAUAGGUCUAGGAAUGAACAUCCAGAUGAUAAAAUUGAAAGUGUGUACGAUAAACAACCAAACUACAAUCCGUUUCAAGAUUAUAAUGAAAAGCCAAGCGAUAAGCCAACGCCAGAAGCUAACAAAAUAUACAAUGAAAGUUAUCCAGAAACUCGAACAAACACAAAAACAUAUGACAUAAAUAAAUCAAAAAUGACGAUGAAUGAAAGAUUAGCGGAAAGGCGGACUCCUGAUGCUUAUGGACGUUCAACGGCAAUGUCGGCUUAUAAUACAGAAAAAAUAGGAGAUUAUGAAGACAUUUAUGCGGCAUAUAAUGAUAAAUAUGUGAAGUCGCCGACUACAUCACAAGCUAAAGAUACUCUCAGCCUAUCUAGUCACAAGUCCCCUCAAGAUCAAACACCUACUCAGCCCCAGGAGAAAACAUUUAGCGGACCGUCUGUAUUAAGAAGAAAGAAAAUGCAAGCAAGUGGCAUUCAACCGCCGAUGCCAAGACCACAUAGUGCUGACUUUUUGGAAUAUGAAUCUAAAAACGAAAUGAAUAAAAGUUUGCCAACUCAUACCUAUGAGACUAAACAACCCAAACGACCGAAAUCAAGCUUAGAUAUUAAUUCAUAUUACGAUCCUAGCUCUGAUAAAUAUUAUUCAGAAGAAAGUUAUGCACAAAAAAUGCGACAAUCGGCACAAUAUCUACAACAACAAGGUUUAGCGCCUAGAAAUAUUCAAAUACCAUUUGAGAAAUAUGCGAGUGGCUUGGCAGAGAAACAAUUACAUUCAGCGUAUUCUCAAUCCAUAAAUAACAAUUAUGAAACUGAGUUUAGUGUAAAUAGAAAUAUGCGAGACAACGUCAGUUAUAAUUCUAAAUAUAGCGAUCUAGAGGGUAUGAAUUCUAAUUGGACCUUGAAGGAGAAAGAAGAGCAUCAAAAGGACUAUCUGAAUAGAAGUGGCAGUGUAAUGAGUGAUAGUUCAAAUGUGAGUGGUUUUGUAAAAGAAAAAUUUGAUCCAAGUGAAAGUUUUAUGAGAUCGGCUAGUGCUAGAUUACCAUCUACUGAGAGAGAUGGUGAGAAAAAAGUACAACAGCGUGAAGAAUCAAUGAAGAGGCUCUUAGAAUGGAAACAGCGCAUGUUACAAUCACCACUUACACGAAAGAGUACUCCAGCAACAAUCUCUUUAGCAAGAUCACUAAAUCAGAGCCGGCAAUCUUUGCGAUCAGAUCAAUUCAAACCGAAAACCUACAAAAAUGCAUCUUACAAUAGCUAUUCUUCGGACGAUGAAGUAAUGGUAAAGAUAUUAAAACAAUGGUUUCGCUUUUGCACCCCAGAAGAAACAUCGGGCACUGAUCUGCAAAAUACGGGAAUGCAGGCAGGAAGGUCCCAUAGCAUUAAUAUCACAAGUUCUCUCACCGAACUGAUUCCGCACGCGCUUAGCUCAAAUUCACUACCAGAUCAAACAUACGUAGAGCCAAUGGUUAAUUCUUCUGCAGAAAAUACGUAUGAAAAUAUACUCUGCACCGUUUCCCUCCCUAAAUUAGUAAAUGAUGAAGAUAAUGAUACAAAUAAUAGAAGUAAUAAUUUAAUAUUCUCAAAGUCGAUAGAAACUCUGGAGAAUAAAGUUUGUAUAGCUAAUGAAUCAACACUAAGUGAUCAUGAAGGCUAUGAAACUCAAGACAGUGAAGCUGAGUCAGAAACUCAUAUUGAAUAUACUGACAACGACCUAGAUGAAGUCUUGUUAGCAUCGGACAGUGAAGUCGACAAUCAUAAUGAAAACAGUGUUGCGAAACAAUCUAUAAUUGAAGAUUUAACAAACAAAGCAGAAAAAUCAGAUCAAAAAUCAGAAACUCCACCUACUGUGAUUCCAUUAGGAGAAGAUCAUUAUUUGCCUAUGAGUCCAAGAAAAAUAUCAACUAUUGAGCCUGCACAUAAAACAAUACUAGAUAAUAUAAGCGUUUUUGAUCAGUCUAUGCCAUUUCAUUAUGAAGAUAAUCCUUAUGUUGAAAUGAAUUUAGGUGUAGAAGAAGAUGAUAUGCAGACCUAUGAGAUUGUUUGUGUAAAUGAUGUAAAACCAGAACCUGUUUAUAUGGAAUUGACUAAUGUUAUUUCCCAAAAACCCAAUGAUGAGGAACUGACCAAAUCUUCAUUAGAUACAGCAUCGAAUUUUGCAGAUACGAAAGAUCAAACGUUGAAGAGAAACUCUAAAGGAGUAGUAAAAGAAAAAGUGGAGACGUCAGAUUUAGAUGAAGAUAAUAAGGAAAUAUCACUUGAUGCACCAUUUUGUAGAUUUAGCAUUUCUGAUACGUUUCGACCUGCUUCAUAUUACUUAGGUGGAAGUAGCACUAUGCUUGAGAGACAAGAUAGUUCAGACAGUGAUAUUUUGCCACCCCCACCAGUACCCAGUUCUUCCCCUCCUUUUGAUGAUAUACUAGAUGAAGAGCUAUCUAAAUAUAUUUUAGAUAAACUAGAUAAAUCUGAUAUCCCUCAAGAUAAUUCUAUAAUCAAAAUGUUGACAAGCGAAAAUCAAAAAAGGAAUAAAAUGAAAAAGAGAACUACAUCUUUGAUGAUAUAUGGCAGUCGGACAUCAAUUCAUGAUACUCUUACUAGAGGUGAAAAAAUUCGUAAUAGCAGGGCCAGUUUGACAAACGAAAGAAAUAAAUCCGCUGAUACAUCGAGUAACUUUUUAAGUGAUACUGUGACAGACCAACAAAAUAGUAGCGGUGUUGAUACAGAUUCUAUUAGAAGUUAUAACGCCGACAAGGGAUCUUCCAGAUUGUCUUUGGAAUCAGAUGUCAGUAGUAAAUUUGAAACAGCGCCCUCAAAUAUUUCGGAAAUUAGUAGUUUACUGGAUUCAGAAUCAAUGAUUGAUUUGCGGCAUCCUUACGAAGCUACUAAUUUUGAAAAUUUAAUUAAAAGAAGGCCUUUAUCGGAUGAUUCUAUAUUUGAAGUUAACGAAUCAGACACUCUUACAACAAGUGAAAUAGGUCCUAAUAUUACUUUAGAUUCAUAUUUAUAUAAUCUUGAAGAAAGUACAAGUGGAAAUAACUUAAAUAAUAAUUUUAUAAAAUCUCAUAGGGUCAGUACCAAUAGCUACUCGAUAAAUACUACUCAUACAUUUAAUGAAUCUAAUUCGAUAUCACACAAGCGUUCUUCGAGUACGCCAGUCUCUCAAAAUAUGGUUGGUGUUUCUGAUGAAGAAAGAAGUACUUUAAACGUUCAUAGUAAAUUUAACUAUGGAAAUAGUUUUGAGUAUAUGGGUUCUCAAAGCUCUUGUAGUUCUGGCGGUCUACCGACAUCUCCGAUUUCUUUUUACCGUAAAAAUUACAACGGGGACACAAUGAAACGAAAAAAUCUUAAUAAUAAUAUGUUGGCAGAUAAAGUAAAAGAAUUUAAUUCGGAAAAAUUAACUCUAAAACAAGAUAAUGAAACAGCAGGGUCUUCUACAACUACCGGCUUUCAUAGUAGAGAGAGUUCUACAGAACAUAGUGCACCUUAUUAUUAUUCAGACCUUUCUUCACAGGAACAUAUAAAUGUACUUCCCAUAUCACAUUAUUUAAAAAAUACGAAUAUACACCGUAAACUAAAUAAUCAAAGACGUAGAGGUCCAUUGAAUAAGAAAAAUGAAAUAUCACAUAUCCACAAUCCGAUUCGUAGCAAUCAUGUGCUGUUGUCUGAGCAACAAUUCGAUUUAGCAGCAUCAGCUAGAAGCGUAUCAGUGGAAUUUUUAAGUGUAGUUGAAAAAACACCUGAUAUUGAUUUAAAAAAUAUUUAUGAAUGUACUAGUAGUAAAACAUCCAAAAUACCAGAAUCUAUGAAUUUAAUUUCUAGUCUUACUUGUAAAAAAAGUACAAAAAAUAAAAACUAUGACCAAACGUCCUCUCCAGACAUAAGUAUCUUAAGUCCGAAUGGUAUUCAAGGAAAUACAUUGACGAAACUUUCAACUGGGAGUAUGUCUUCACAUUGUAGCGAAAAUUCAUCAAACACAGUAUAUUAUGAUGCAGAAGCAGAAGCAGGCGCUUAUGAAAAUGUCAUGUAUCAUGGAGAAAAACAGUGGGAUGAAGAUAUUUUGUGGCGGGACAAUUUAAGACGAGUUUCACAUAGACAUGCGAGGUCAAUGGAUGAUUUAGAUACAAUGCCGAGUGGAAAUCCAAUUUUAGAUAGAACAUAUCCAGGUUCCUCUACAAUGAAUAGUAUAAAACGCAUAAAGAGACCCGUGUCAGAUAAAAUUACAAGUGCAACAUAUGUAAAUUGUGAUAUACAAAGUCAGGUUCGGAAACAAAGACAGAAUAUUCCAGGAGAAAAAUUGAUGAAAAAGGAAGAAAAAGACGAAGAUGAUGUUUAUGUAAGUCUUGCAGAAGAUUCUGAGGUCGCUAUUGAGCAAUAUGACGAAGGAGUUUACGAACAAUUGGCUAUUGACCCAACAGAAAGUUCACUUGUUUCUCAUGAAUUAGCUAACGAACAGACAAGACGACAAAUAAAAAAUAGGCGCCAAUUCGAAAUAGAUAGGGAAAACCUUCGACAGUGGGAUUUAAUGUCGAGUGGCUUAAUGAAAGGUGAGGCGAGGCGCGUGCGGGGUGUAGUAGUUGGUAUGGGCACUAGUGAAUCUAUUUGUAAUACGGACAAUGGAACUGACAGAAGCAAUGAAGCUUCUAUGACGAUGUCAGGCACAAAUAUAGAACCAGGCCCAAAUAACAAUAACAAUAAUCAAAUUCAGCAAGCAUUGUCAAAGAAAGCAUUUCUCGGAAGUAACACAUCUAUCGGUAGAAGUAAUAGAGAUGGCAAUAUACCAGUUCGAGCUGUAAGUCCUAGAGUACGAUGGGUAGAGGAAAAACCUGCUAAUGAUCAUUAUGGCUCACAACAGAUUACAUCAUCGCAACAAAAUUUACAUGUAACAGGAACAGAGGAAGCUUGGACAACAAUUAGAUCACCAUCCAGAGCUCAACAACAACCGAUUAGGGCUGUUAGUCCUAGAGUUCGGAGGAACACUGAAAACGACGACAUGCAAAAGGAAGUUCAGAAUAAUGAAAUCGGGGAAAUUCCUACUGCUGGAGAGCUUUUAGGGAGAAGUCAUGAAGAGCUAGUUCUACUAUUGAUCCAAUUAAGGCGUCGACAUGCGGCCACACAUCGCUCUAUCGAAACUUGCUGCGCUCAGAUAAAUAGUAUUGAGGAUUGUCUUAGUUCGCUAAAAGCAAUGGAACGAGAAGAAAGCUUGCAACGUUUGGAACAAUUAAAAAUGCAACUUAUGGAAUUGGAAAGCCAAUAUAAGAAAAGUAAGCCGUUGGUACAACUGGUAGAUAAUAUGGUCAAGUUAGGUUCUCUGUACAACAGACCUGGAUCAACAAUCGAGAGAUUAGAAAGAAAUCAAAGGCUGAGACAGAAAGUUCUUGCAGAACAUGCUAUUGAACAGCAAAGAUGGAUAGAGAGUGCAGCGGCAGGCAAGCCGUUAGAGACCGAAGCAGCGCGAGUGCGUGUCGCUGAGCUGUGGGCGUUGGAACAGGAACUGGCUGACGAGGCAGCGAUACUUCAGGGGUUGAAAACGGAUAAAGACGCCAUUGAUUCUUUACUUACUGGUGUUCGCAGUAAAUUAGACAGUGUCAAUAUUGGAUCUCGGCAACCCCCUAACUCCGGCUUGGAAGCAGAAUUGGCGCGCGUGCACGCCAUGUUGGCGCACAAUUCUAAGGUUUAUAAGAAACUAGAACAAACAGUGGCAGACAACGCGCGCCUCGAGCGCGAGCUGCACCACCUGCGGCGCGCGCUGCGGGCACAGCGCGCCGCGCCCGCGCCGCCGCACCACGCCAGCCAUCCCACCGCUAUGCUGGAGGACGAAGUAUCCCGCGUACAACACUUAGUGUCCGCAUUGCAGCGACAGAGGCAGGAACUGAGCCGCGCCGUCAGACACCUCACGCAGCAGUCCCACGCACUACAAACCACCCAUGAUUCUAUGCCUGGCAAACGUCGUCCAACAACAUCAUGGCAAGAAACCAAUCUAGACACCGGUCACACUAUCGACCACGGACAGUCGGAAUACUUCGAUGAUCCUUUGCCUCCAGGACACUAUGGACGAAGCAUGGAGACUCCCUUGUAUGUGGACACGAGGACAAUGGACGUGACGCCCAUCAAUAGUGAAGAUAUGCAGAAUAGUGGUUUUGGUAAUCUAUCGAAUGUUGAGAAGCAAGAAAUAAAAACCGUUCGCAUUGUCAAACGAGAGAGCGAAAGACGUCAGCGUGAUCGUGAACGUUCUUUACAACCCAUGUCCGACUGGUCUAACAAUAUCACCGCUAAUUUAGACCAAUUCCUUGAAGAAGAACUUGUACAGCCCAUAAACAAUUACCGAGCCUCCUCUCUCCCACGCACAGAUUAUAAAUACGAAGAUUAUUACAAACAUACAGACUAUCAUAGACAAGACAAAAAUCUAGAAAGUCCUAAAUAUCCAUCAAGCCCUUCUUUAUCUAACUACGAUUACUCUCGCGAUAUAUCAUCAUUAAGUAGCAGUUACAAUAAAAACUACAGACACGAUAGGAGUCUUUCCAAUCAGUACAUAAACAGUCCGACAGACAGUUCUAGAACAUUGACGAAUAUGUCGAAAACAAGUAGUAUUAUAAGUUUGACGCGAUCUAAUAUAGAAUUGUCUCCGAUAUUUAAAAGCGAAGCAGCAAAACAAAUAGUGACUGAGAUGAACGAUAAUGGUUCGAUGCAUCGUCGGCAAGUUCCGAAAGAAAAGAGAAGACAUAACACCGCGCCUCAUCACCUAAGCGCUAAAACACUUAAUGAAAUGCCUAAAGACGGGUAUAACCAAGAUGCAUUAGGCAGAUCGUUGGACGACGCGGACAUGGAGCGAGCUCUUCGCGGGGCGGCGCCGGAUGUAGUGAGAUCUGCCUUACCUUCUAGAAAGAUCCCAGAUUCUAUCGACCAACUGCUCGCAGCUCCGCAGAAGAUAGUCAUCCCUGAACGGUAUAUUCCGGAGAAGCCUCCAGAACUCUCGCCAGAGGAACAGCAGAAACGCCAAGAAAAAGUGGAAUCUAUUAAGAAAAUGCUCACCGGUUCUUCAGCCGAUCCUAGCAAGAGCCCGGACGGUGAAGAGAAGAAGCAACGCGAGCACUUACUGCAAAUGAACCAGAUCCUCGCCAAGCAGGUCACGGAGAUGAGCAAAAUAAUCGCCGUUAAAGCAUUAGAAGAGCUGCCAUUACAAGACAACACUGAUGAUUACGAAGAUCGUUCCCCGGACGUCGAACUGCCAAUUUACCAACAAAGAGACAAUUUUUUUACA